AUGAGGGAUUUCAAAUCUCGAGUCAAAUCGAAUACCCUCGCUCAUAAAGAUCUGGUCUUUUAUCAAGACGCUAAUGUGGAUAUAAAGUGGGACAUGACAAAUGAAAGUGAUGGUAGCUACUCGGCUAAUGUCACAAUCUCCAACUACGUGAUGGAUCACCAAAUUGAACAGCCAUGGAAAUUAGCAUUUAUAUGGGUCAAAAGGGAAACACUACUGAGCACUUUGGGUUAUGAAGGCACACAACACGGUUUUGUUUCUUUCGGUAAAGGCGACGACGACACGUACUGCUUGAACAAUGUGACCUUUGUGGACUUACCGCGACAAAGUACUGAUCAUAAUUGCAUAGGUGGUACUGUGAUUUUUCCGCGGGUAACAAAAGCUGACCUUGCGAAAAGCUCAACUUCGUUUCAAGUUUCUGUUAGCCAUUCUAAUAGAGGAUAUCGAGGAUUUGAAUACGAAAGUGAAUGUGAUUCAAUGGAGCAAGAAAUUGAUGUUCAUCUGAAUACAUGGAGGACGACGUGCAUUCUCUCCAUUGCCAAAGCUAACAAGUUCCACGAGAUUCAUGAAGAUUUAUGA